UCGACCAUUUACAACAGCAACAGUCAGAGCCCGAGCUGCUUAUACCAACAAUCAUGAAGUGCAUCGCAGCUGUAGUCAUGAUGGCCGUCGCCGUUGCUGUUCAGGGAUCAUCCGUCAGUUACUGGGGCAAUGGGGCCGUUCUGCCAUAUCUGGCACCAGCAGCCCACGUCGGAAGCUGGGUACAGGACGAUUCUUACGCCAGAAUUGUAUCUCCAUGGAACUACGCUUACCAGGCCGCCGCCCCAGUCGCUGUCGCCGCUCCCUACGCCGCCUACCAGCCGGCGGUUGUGGCCGUGGCUCCGAAGGAAGCCCGCUAUCUGGCCGCCAACCGUGGUGCCGUCCACGAGGCCCCUCUGCCGGGACACAUCGUUAACCAGCAGUCGCUCAACCUCGAACCGGCACCAGGAACUCUGUAAAGGCUUCAUUCUACGUUCUUCGAACAGUUGGACACGGUUGAUGGUUGUAAUGUUGGAAGCUGCAAAUAAAAGCUCGUUGUGAUA